AGCACUGGUUGCAUUGAACUGCGUAGUUUGAGUACCGGUGUGUCAACCUAUUUAGACACUUAACCAAUAGGUAGGUUUAAACUACUCUCUCGUUUGUAAGUUGUUUCGUACACGAAAAAGGAUAUGGUCUUAAAUAAACUACAAAGACAGCCUCCCAAAAUAAAAAUGCAACUACUUCAGAUGAGCUAGGCACCGAAAAUGGCAGCAUCGGAUGGACCGACAGCGGUUUGAUGUAAUAAAGCUGUGGGGCUAGCUAGGUUGGUAUUCGGGCUAUUAUGACACGCAAGUAUGGCUGACAAGUUUUAAGAAAACGAAAAGAGACGUGCUGGCCCAAAAUACGUUGGUCCACGUUUUAUAGUGAUUGUGCUGCGUCCAAAAUGGCGUCGUUGCUUGGGGAGAAGCUGUUUGAAAUUUCUGGCCAGGGCCCAGCGCCCUCUAAGGAUUUUUACCAUUUUGUGAUUGCCAGAAAUGAGGUAAUGUUGAAUAUGUGGACCAUCUCUUUGCGACGUGAAAAUAAGUAUCAUCCUCCAAAACAGCUGAAGUCAACUUUUUCUGAUUUUCUACUGGACAAACAACUUCAGUAUGAUAUUAGCAAUAUUUUUGGUGAGAAGAUCCUGGACUACUCGCUGUCACUGUGUCAGGGAAAGUACGACUAUCUUGAUCGCAUACCGGAUGAGAUACUGCUCAGAAUCAUCUCCUUCCUACAGCUAAAAGAAAGAUUUGUGUUGGCACAGGUUUCCAAAAGAUUCAGAAUGCUCUGCAACUCUGAAAAGUUUUGGGAACUGCUUGUGAAGAACGACUGUCCUGAUUACCACAGUGACAUGGAGGACUUAGGAAAAGCCAUGGGAUGGAAGAUGACCUAUUUUACCUUCUUUCACAGUGAUGACACCAACAAUAAUGGCAUCAACAACCAUUUCAACUUCAACAGCAAUCGCAGAAAUAGUGCCAGCGUCAAUGGCACUCAAUAGCAGUAAAAAAUAAACAGCAACACAACUGAUUUUUGUUGUUAUUUUUCAGUGAACAAAGUGAAAAAAAAUGUGCAAAAGCAUUCUUUAAACAAGUUAGUACUUUCA